AUGGUCAAUGCAAUCCUCGAGACGUUUCUUCGCGUGUUUGCGUCCGUGUCGUCCAUUGGCGUGACGCUGAGCAUGACGCCGUCCAUGUACCGCAUCUACCGCAAAAAAGACACGGGCAUUGCAUCGGUGCUGCCGCUCGUGUGUAUGGUCACGAAUGCCCACGUGUGGAUGCUCAAUGGCGCGAUCGUGGAGAACUGGUUCCCCAUGUUUGCCACGUUCCUCACGUCGGACGUGAUUGCCGUCGGCUGCCUCAUUGUCUUUUGCUGCUACGCGCGGGACCGCAAGAAGUCGCUGACGUGGGUCGCUAUUGCCACUGGGCUUCUGAUCCUCAUCACGGCGUACGCCAUUGCAGGCCACGCAGGGUACACGAACCAGUCGAAAGACGGGAUCGACAUGACCCUUGGGAUCAUUGGCGUCAUUGCGGGCUUGAGCAUGUUUAGCUCCCCGUUUGAGCGCAUGUUGAAAGUGCUGCACUACAAGUCGGCCGCGUUCAUUCCGAUUCCAAUGAUCGUGGCCGGGGCGUUCAACAGCACCAUGUGGGUCAUCUACUGCCCCAUGGUCGGGCGCUGGUUUUUGUUUGCCGCCAACGCCGCCUGUCUGGUCCUCUGCCUCAUCAACAUUGGGCUCUACGUCAUCUACAACCCCAAGACGCAUCCCCUGCGCCUCGAAGACGGCGACCUCGAAGCAGGAGAGUUACCCAAGUUUGACAUUGCGUCCGUCUCGGCAAUGCGCUCGUCGCACCGAUCGGACGGCGAUGUUAGUCUCAAGGCCAAACCGCUCAUGGCCAGUUCCGCGUACAGUUUGGUCCAGUCGCCGGUGGCCCGGAACUUGUCCGAUAUUGGCUGCUAUGCGUAA